AUGACUUAUCAAACUACACAAUACAAUAAACCACUUGUUAGUCUACGUUAUAGAACCUAUUCCAACACCCUAUGUGAACAUGACAAAAACAAUGUACUCUUAGAAAAAGUCAAUAUACCAAAACUUGAUGAAGAAUGUGAGAAAAUUAACGUUAAUAUAAUAAAUUUAAGAAGAGUUCGACAUGAAAUGUGUUUAAUCUACCAACAGUUUGCCCAGUGUACAUUAUAUGAAAAUGAUGAAGAAAAAUUAAAUCAGGCAAUUUAUCAAUUGAAAAGUGAUUUAGAAAACUUCAACUGGAAAUUAGAAAGAUCCUAUCGUUAUAAAAUGAAAAUUAGUUUAUUGCCAAAUUUCCCAGAAAAUCUUACACAUUGUAAUGUGGAGUUAUUCAAUCGAAUUAAUGAAUUAUGUAGUGUUUUAAUCAAAACGUCGGAUAAUCUGCAGAAUCAUAUCCUGUCCUAUACAAAAAAUCUUUUGGACUACAAGUCAGAUUUUUUAAGCGCAGCUCAAUUUAGAUUCAUACAACCAAUAGACUUACAAAUAGAUGAUUCUCUAAAAGAUGACUCAAUAAUCAAUGAUCAAAUUGACAAAAUACGAACAUAUCAAACCAAUGUAAAUAAUUCACGAAUAUUAUUGAAUGAAGUAGACAGAAUGAAUCAAAGAAUAAAGUAUAUAUUUAGAAAUUUGUUAAAAUCUACAGCAGACUAUUUAAUAUCACCUAACUCUUGA